AUGGGUCACAAGGGGGGUCAGGCCCUGAAGGAGUACAUCAUCAAAUUGGGAUUGAAAGUGUCUGUGUUCAUCGACAAAGGAGGCCAACUCGAGGGGUCCCCACACGACAUCGCCUACCCUGUGUUCCAGCAAGUCGGAGAAUGUGCAGAUGUCGAGUGGGACCUGUGGGUUAAGCAUUUCCUCCCUGAGGUGUCUGCCAUCCUGAUAGCCUGCGCGAAUGCCACAACCACUGGCUUGUCCGUGAUGGACGCAUUCAAAGGCUGGGAGACUCCUUCGACAGUGUUGUGGAAGGGAUACCCCCAACCCAACCAUUUGUUGAGUUGCUGCACGUAA